UCCAUUCCUGGCCGCGCCACACUGUCGACCAUCAGGGAUCCUCAGUACAAAACCAACCCCCGGAGUUAGCGGAGUUAGUUUAUCGCGAUGAGCGAUGGAACGCGGAUAUUUCCAACAACUCGGCCAAAAUUUUUAUCGACAAACUUCGUCAAAAGUGUCAUUUUUGACAAAACCACUUUUAACAAAAUUGAAGUUUCGAAACGCGGUUUCGAAUUUGGUACACCAAGUUUUCAAAUUUGUUCCGCCACAUUUUUAGCGCGUCUUAAUGCUCGGCGAUACGACACACACAUACACGUGGAAUUGUCCUUUAAAAGAUAAACAACUUUGUGUUACUUUAAUACGUGUUUGAAAUAUUUAACGCAGUGUACUUGGGAUUUAUAAAACUUCAUAGAUUUAAUAUAAAAUUAUGACAGUUUUCUAAUGUGCUAGCACAUGAAACUAAAAGCACAAUAUAACUUAAGAACUAAAUCGGCCUACAAUAUCUGUUGCAUUAAAGACGUUCUAAUAAAUAAACUUUAUUUUAAUGUGGAGUAGAGCUCCGAAAAAUGUGUUUGUUACGAUCACUUUAUUCGGGCGAACAAUUUAUUCGAAAAAGCUGACAAUCGCGGGCAAAAUGAAUGGCGUGAUUUGCGCGUACUUUAAGUUCACCAAGUUUGUGCGGCGAUAAUCAAAUGUUGGAAAGUUUACAAUCUAAGUUACAUAUUUAGGGAUUAAUUAUUCGCAACUCCGCGUUGAUUUACUGCUCUAUCAAAGUUCUCAGUGUAGUAGUAUUCCCCAAUUUAGUGUAAAAUCCGACAAAAAGUCAACAUCGUGUGCUUUUUAUGCCUGUUGCGCAAUCAAACCGAUAAACGAAACCAUUCUCGAUUAUUAUCGUGGAACCGACGUUUUACUUGCAUUUUUAUUAUUUUGAAUAGAAAACAGGUUUUAAUAAAAUAAAAUAUGUUAACAUUUUCUUACCCAAAAACAUAAAUGCAGCCGGCUUUUGAAAUUUAACCUUUCAGGACCUUUCAAUCCUUGAAGUUUUUUAAUAUUCAAAGAAAAAUUGGAAAUAAAGGAUAACGCCGUGAGAAAAAGAGCAACAACGCAGGAAUCGUCGGCACUGCGAACUCCCGAUGCUCUUCAAUUGCAAGAAUGACCUUUGCGGGAAGGAAGAAUAUUCUCGUCAUCCUCGGCGCAGGCAGAGACCGCGAAAUCCUUACGUUGACAUUAGAAUUUUACUAAGGCGAUCCACGUCAACUUUAUUAUCGCUAUAAUGUACAUUACAUAUAAUGUUUCUAUUUCAUCCAACUUGCUUGAGUUGGCCUAACAACAAGUUCAUUGUAACGCAGUGGAGAUUUUGCACGAUUCUUCUCGAUUAAAUGUUCGAUCGCGAGUAGACCAUGAAACCGGAAUUCACGAACGUGAGCGACGCGCUCCUAAACUGCAGCACGCAAUUUACUUUGCUCGCGGACGAUGUCGAUGCCUGUAGGCCACGCGAAUUCGAGUACGAACUGGUGCACAGCAUCAUAGUGGUGGUGGUGCCAUUGUUCUUCGGUAUAAUCGGCAUUCUCGGUCUCGCCGGGAAUUCGCUAGUGGUCUUAGUGGUAGCGGCAAAUCCCGGAAUGAGGUCGACCACGAACAUCCUCAUCAUCAACCUCGCCGUAGCUGAUCUGCUGUUCGUCAUAUUUUGUAUACCGUUCACGGCCACCGAUUUUGUACUGCCGUACUGGCCGUUCGGCAACGUCUGGUGCAAAAUCGUACAGUAUUUAAUCAUCGUCACCGCUUACGCAAGCGUUUACACUCUGGUCCUUAUGAGUCUCGACAGGUAUCUAGCGGUAGUCCAUCCAAUCGCCUCGAUGACAUGGAGGACGGAGAAUCACGCCAUACAGGCGAUCUGCAUCGCGUGGGUGGUAAUCUUGGUGUUGUCCACACCCGCGCUCGUCAUCCACGGCGAGAUUCGCUACGUGUUCCAGGCGGUAGAAGCCCCGCCGCAGAAUCUCACGGCCUGCCGGAUCCUAGAGCAGGAGUACGACUGGAGCACCUUCCAGGUGUCCUUCUUCCUGACGAGCUACGUGCUGCCUCUGGUACUGAUAUGCAUUUUUUACAUGUCUAUGCUGGCCAAGCUGUGGCGCGGCGCGCGCGUCAGCGCCGAGAGCCGACGCGGGAGGAGACGGGUCACCAGGCUCGUCUUCGUCGUCGUCGGCGUGUUUGCCGCCUGCUGGUGCCCUAUACAGGUGAUACUCGUAAGCAAGUCCCUGAACGUGUACCCGCUCACUACGGAGACGGUAAUGGUACAGAUAGUCAGUCAUAUCCUCGCCUAUACCAACAGUUGCAUCAAUCCCUUCUUGUACGCUUUCCUAAGCGACAACUUCCGCAAAGCCUUCCGAAAGAUCAUUUACUGCAGACCACGGAUGGAGAUGCCUAACAAUCGGCUGGGACCAGCGACGAGGACCACGAGAGCUGCCAGUAGCGGCGAUAUUCUUUAGACGCAAAUCCACGGAUGACGGGAGCCGAUUGGCAUGCCCUUGCUCGCCCAUUUGUUUUAAAACGAAUGCUUACGGACUAUAGAAUAUUCGAUGUUUGAUGUCACCUAGCAAAUACGCCGAACGUAUGUUCUCGAUCCUUUAACUUACCGCCAUGCAUAUGCAUCACAUCGUAAACAUAUAAGAUAGACCCUACAUGCCACAUAUAUUUUCUAGCACUUUUGAUUGAGUUCGGCAGAAACGAUGAGAGAUGUAAAAUAUGGGAGCUAUAAUUUGUUAUUUACUAUCCUUUACUGUCAACCGCGUCGUCGCGCAUCCGACCUGAGAAAAGGAUAGACUACUAUAUAUGCGUUCUGCUUCUCUCACCGUUUUAUCAGGGACAUGUGUGUGCGUCCGCGCGCGCGUGUACGUAGAAAAUAUGCAAUGUCGAUUUUAUCUUAUAUGUUUAAACAUUAACUUUCAUAUUAUUUCUUUUUCCUUAUCGAAAUGAAACAGAACGGUUAUUUCGGAGCAAUCAGUCGAAAAGCGCCGAUAAACUCGACGAGAUGCAACUAAUUGCAGGCACACAGGAAAAAAGGAUUCCAUUUCGCUUCCGGUCAUUAUUUAUCCGUUGACUUCGCCUCCACCGGGAUUAAUUUCGCAGUUUCGAUUCGAGGUUGCGCUACACGAAUCUCUACUGUGAAUGUUUCUACUGUGAUGUCGUAAUAUCUCUGGUGUUAUCAUUUUUUGAUGAAUGUAAAAAGCGAACGCUCUCGUUUCCCGACGUUCCCGUUCGAGGUUGUUAAUUCGGAAAGGGCUCUCGUUGCGAAGGGCUCGUCGGGAAAUUAUAUCCGCGAAUACUGUAAAAUGUAUUAAUAAAAACAACUGAGAUCCAA